UCUAAAGUCAAUCUCAAAUAUUAUCAUAGCCAAACCCUGCGAUGAGUCGCAGAAGGUUACAACCCGGUGGAUGGAGAGUCCACGGGUCGCACUGUUGAUCAUCUUACUCCUUUUCGUCUUCCUUACUCCCGAACAGCCUGCGCGGCGCUUGCGCCAAAUCGACUCGGAUCGCAUCGAGGACGAGCGCCGAGCAGGACUUGACGUUUUGGCAAAUUCAUCCUAUGGUCAACUCAACCCAAAAGCAAACAGCUGGUUGAACCUAACAGGCUUUCGAGAAGUCGAUGGCUACAAAUGGGAUUCCCUACCAGCCGCGCAGGACCUGAGCCUGGGUCAGUUCCAAAGCAACUGGGAUGGCAUCGAUGUGACUGAGAACUUGCCCAUCUUCCAACGGGUCACUGGGGAGAUUCGUGGCAAGUUCUAUCACAAUGAUAUCUCGGGCAUCUCCCCGGUCAUCAACCUAACCGCGCUGGACCCGAAAAUGGACUAUCUCACAGCCAGGUUCGAGAGGAAUAUCACCGAACGUGAAGGCGAACUCAGUCUAUCCAUCUAUGAUUCCCAGGACAGGCCUGUUCAAGAGGCUUCCUCGAUCAAAGCCGACAUUUCCAUUUGGACAGACUCCUCUCCCGGGAAUGGUUGGCAGGCCAAGCUCCAGGGCGUCCAUCUUUCUCCGGGCCAGAUCAUCAUGUCUACAGCGAGCUCCAAGUUCGACUCCGUACCUGCGCUUCCACAUUUUGCUCUGGAUGUCGGCGCUUUCAACGCAUCAGUACCUGUGAUGAACGAGACGAUGCACAAAAUUUGGGAUAGAGUCUUUGAUGACGGAGCCGAUGGACUGGCAUUUGCGCCUCAAUGUGAACUCAUCGUCUGGCUGCAGCCGAUACCAUAUAGGUUCCCCAGCCUAGAUUCGACCAGAGCCAGUGAUUUCCUUCAUCGAGUCGAACAGGAACUUUCUCAGCCAGAUGGCGCUCCCGUUGGACAGCCUCCGCCACUAAGCUUUUCAGCCGUCAUCUUUUCACCCGACUGCGGCUACAUCUUGUCGUCGCCCACAAUUUUCGGACCCAAGAUCGAGACAUAUUGGACUCUCGCACAGCGCUUACUGUUUGCGUACGUCAUCUCCAUUGGGAUGCAAAUCGCUCUCCUCAAACGGCAAAUGGAAAAGGCUUCGACGCCCUCGACUCGAAGCCGCAUCGCUUAUCAGAGUAUCGUCAUUGCUGCCCUCGGUGAUGGCUUGCUUUUGUUUGCGCUUAUGGCACUGCUCAUGAUAGAUGAUGCGGCCUUUCUAAUGGUGGCAGCCGCUGCUUAUCUAGCCUGCAUACACGUUGCCUUUUUGGAGGUCAAGUUCGUCUUUGACAUAUGGACAGUCCAAGUCGGCGACCCUGCACGUGCGGAACAGGAACGUCAACAGAGAACCGCUACAAAUACUACAGCCGCCCCUACUCCGGCUCCUGCACCUACAGGUGGACAGGCAACAAGCGCCGACGACACGGUUGGCCUCCCACUUCCAGCUACAGCUCCAAGGCCAGAAGGGGCUACUCCAGUAAUUAUUCCCUCCGAUCAGGGCAACCCCGUGCCAGCAGAGAUUCCGAGCCCGCGCGCGUCAUUUGCCGCCAUUUACAGCCGAUUUUACUUCUCGCUCGUGAUGCUCAUGUUCUUUUCUCUCUGGGCCACGACAUGGCCAAGAGCCUUACGAUCGGCUUAUGUCAACCUCUUGGUAUUCUGUUACUUCUCCUACUGGUGGCCACAGAUCUAUCGCAACGCGAUGCGCAACUGUCGAAAAGCCUUGAGCUGGGAGUAUGUGGUCGGAACGAGUGUCCUUCGCGCAGUGCCCAUCCUCUAUUGGUAUUUCGCAAACAACAACCUCCUUUCCAUCGACACGAGCCCGACCGCCGCUGUCAUCUUGCUUGGCUGGUUGUGGCUUCAAGUCACGCUUCUUGCGAGUCAACAGUUCCUGGGACCUCGUCUACUCGUGCAAGAUUCUUGGUGCCCACCGGCUUACGAUUACCACCCCCUGCUACGCGAGGAUGACGUCGAAGCAAAUGGGAUGUCCAUUGGGCGGCUCGCCUCUGCUUCUGAGGCCAAAGACAAAGACGAUAGAACGCGCAAAGUGUUCGAUUGCGCCAUUUGUAUGAACGAGAUCGAUGUGCCUGUUCUGUCAAAGGCAGACAACACAAGUGGAAGACCACUUACCAGGGGUACCGGGGUGGCGUGGCUUGAGCAGAGAAAUUAUAUGGUGACGCCUUGUAGGCAUAUUUUUCAUGCCGAGUGUCUCGAGGGUUGGAUGAAUCUCAGACUCGUUUGCCCUGUUUGCAGAGAAGGCCUGCCUCCACUCUAAGUACGACGCUCGAGGCAUCAUUAAAUGCAGGCCAUCUGGGUGGAAAGAAGGAAACGGAUCUUACAGUCCCUGAUAGCUUAAUUACGGGCAAAAGCCGCGGCUUCUAUCCCACUGACUUGAUUUCCGAGAAGUUGCGUAUCCUCUCUUCUAUCCCUUGGCUCCGUACAAUAUGCAUCGCAAGUCGAAUCUCCACGCAGAUGCAAUCUCAUCCUACAACAUCCAAAUGCUGCUUCAGUCGCAGAUCCCUCGAACUGAAUCCAAGGCUCAUGACAAAGGUCCCGCCAGGAAUCACCCACUCCUGCUUCUUGACGUUCCAAUAGCUCAAAUCUCGCCUUGUCAAUGAAAAGCUGACGGUCUGCGAUUCGUCGGGUGCGAGC